CCCUUCGCCCUGUCUCCUCUGCUCCUCCCUCCCUUUCUCCUUUUAACUGAAAUUCGUGCCCAACUUUCUAUGAAGCAUCAAGUUCUUCUUAAGUGCUUCUAGACCUUGUGAAGUACUGGCCUAGCGUAUGAGGCAGCGCCGACGUUAGGGGAAGUCCUUCCUGCCUGAUAAGAUAUUAAGACCCCUUGGCAGCACCGGCGUUUCUUGGCUUCUUAACUUACUAGUUCAUUUGUUGAGUGUAGAUUGACUGGGCCACGCCUGCAGUUCUUAAAUAGUGUAUAAUUUUAUAGAGCAGCGUUAGAAUUAUGCCAGAAUAUUAAUCAUUUAGUUGCUGUGAACAAUGGCAGCUGAUCCGGUGUAUGGAAAUUUUGAAUCCCUAGAAGGGCUUCGCAUUGAUGGAGAUGACGACCCAGUGUACGGAAACCAUGAUACUCUUAUUUUCCGGAAAAUUAUAGAAGAAAAUUUGACCAUAGACAACAUCAUUGGGUCAAGAUAUCAGCCGCCGCCUCAUUUCCCUGCCAGUCGGCCGCCUCAGAGCAGCCAGGCGGCGGAGCAAGCCAAGGGCGGCAGCGAGUGGGUGCACGUGAUUGACUCCGAUAAUCAGAAUGAGGAAUCGGAAAAUAACAAUGUGUAA